AUGUCCCAGGUCAAACCUUUCAAGAUUGACAUUCCUCAAGCCCGCAUUGACCGGCUGAAACAGAAGCUUGCUGCCGCAGAUCUACCACCCGAGAUCGAGGGCUCUGGUUGGGAGUACGGCGCGCCGCUGGCUGAUGUCAAACGGUUGGCCAAGUACUGGCAGGAGGAGUUUGACUGGAGAAAAGCCGAGGCUGAGCUCAACAAGUUGCCCCAAUUCACGACGAGAAUCGAACUUGAAGGCUACGAUCCCAUUGACUUGCAUUUUGUUCACGCCAAGAGCCCAAAUCCCAAUGCCAUCCCCUUGCUCUUCUGUCAUGGCUGGCCUGGGAGCUUUGAUGAGGUCGAGAAGAUGCUACCACUCCUCCUCGACGGCGGCAAAGAUCAUCCAUCUUUUGACGUAGUUGCGCCCUCGAUGCCCAAUUAUGGCUUUUCGUCGCGGGUACACCAACCAGCAUUUGGUGCUCUCAAGACUGCCGAGACUUUUCAGAAGCUCAUGGUCGACGUUCUAGGCUAUCCAGAAUAUGUGACCCAGGGAGGUGACAUUGGCUACAUGGUAACCAGGUACAUGGGCUAUCUGUAUCCUCAGAACUGCAAGGCAUCUCACUACAACUUUCCCAUCCCCACCGAGCCAACCGACGAAAAUUUUCCUGAAGUGGCGAAAGAGUACAGAGAGACCAAGUCCGAAGCCGACGUUGAAGGCUUUAAGCGCACGGAAUGGUUCAACAAUGAAGGCCGCGGCUAUGCCGGCGAGCACUCCACCAAACCACAGACCUUGGGGUACUCUCUGACGGACUCGCCAGUGGGACUGCUGGCCUGGAUCUAUGAGAAGCUGCACGAUUGGACCGACAGCUACCCUUGGACCGACUACGAAGUCUGCAAGUGGAUCAGCAUCUACUGGUUCAGCACUCCCGGACCCCUGGCGACGCUCUGGGUCUACUAUGACAGUAAACACACCAGUGACGAGAAGAGAUCAGAAGUGGUUUCUGGGUACCUGAAGGACGUCAAGAUUGGUGUCAGCAAGUUCCCUAAAGAGCUGUACGUCUUCCCAGCAUCGUGGAACAAGACGCUCGGCGACCUUGUCCUGAACAAGGUACAUAAAGAGGGCGGCCACUUUGCUGCCUUUGAAAAGCCCGAACUCUUGGCCAAUGACUUGAGAGAAAUGUACUCAAAGAGUGGUGGAGCCUAUGGAGUUGUGAAGGGAAAGACGGGUUAUGCCUAA